AGAACGCAGCCCGGAAGUCUUGCGGCCUAAGACAGGGGUCUGGUAUCCCACGUGGGCUGGGCUUCGGGGUGAGCGACUGUCGCGGCCCCGCCGGCACCCGGCCACUACCCGGCGCCAUGGGGAAGCUGCGCCGGCGCUACAACGUCAAGGGGCGCCUGCAGGCGACCCCCGGCCCCUCGAAGGGCCCCCCGGAGCCGCCACCCGUGCGGCUGGAACUAGAGGACAAAGACACGUUGAAAGGAGUCGAUGCAAGCAACGCACUCGUUUUGCCCGGAAAGAAGAAGCAGCAGCCCAAAGCCCCUCCCCCGUCGAAGAAGGAGAAGAAGCCUCUGACCAAGAAAGAGCGGAAAAUGCUGCAGAAAAUCUUAGAACAGAAGGAGAAGAAGAGCCAGCGAGCAGAGAUGCUGCAGAAAUUGAGUCAAGUCCAGAUUUCAGAAGCCGAGCUGAGACUGUUUUACACCACAUCCAAGCUGGGCACUGGGGACCGCAUGUACCACACCAGAGAGAAGUCUGACAGGAUCGAAGCCCAGGGGCAGGAAAAGAUCAGCAGCCUCAGCGGGGCUCACCGGAAGCGCUAUCGCCAGGAGUCGGAAGAGGAGGACUCUGAGUCCUCAGUGGAGUCUGAAUCCAAUGAGGCCCCUGCCUCUGAGCCGGUGCAGGCUGGUGCAAGGGUGCUGCCAGCUGCACCAGGGGCUGGGCCUGGGAACCCAGGGCCCAGUAGCCGACACUCUCUGGCCAGGACUACCUCGGCACCUUCAGGGCCGGCCUCCACCCUGGCCAGGCCCCCAGCGAAGCCUUCCAUCUUCAUCCCUGUGAACCGCACCCCUGAAAUGCAGGAAGAACGGCUGAAGCUCCCAAUUCUCGCUGAAGAACAAGUGAUCAUGGAGGCGGUGGCCGAGCACCCCAUCGUCAUCGUGUGUGGUGAGACCGGCAGCGGGAAGACCACACAGUUCGGGCACAGGACCAGGAGCCCUCCCGAAGUUCAGAUCCCAGACGCCAGCCACCAGCAGCCCAGUACGCAGACCUUUCUAAGGAGAGAAGCAUGGGCCUGCUGCGUUAACUGUUUUCUGCACGGCCUGGAACCCCGGCCCCUGUCCCCUUGUGACAACAGCAUCAUCGGCAUCACGGAGCCCCGCCGGGUGGCUGCUGUGGCCAUGUCCCAGCGGGUGGCCAAGGAGAUGAAUCUGUCACAGAGGGUUGUCUCCUACCAGAUCCGAUACGAAGGAAACGUGACUGAAGAGACCAGAAUCAAGUUCAUGACGGAUGGCGUGUUGCUCAAGGAAAUCCAGAAGGACUUCCUGCUGCUGAGAUACAAGGUGGUGCUCAUUGAUGAAGCCCACGAGAGGAGCGUGUACACGGACAUCCUCAUCGGCCUCCUGUCCCGCAUCGUGUUGCUUCGGGCGAAGAGGCACCUGCCGCUGAAGCUGCUCAUUAUGUCGGCCACGCUGCGGGUGGAGGACUUCACACAGAACCAGCGGCUCUUCCCCCAGCCGCCCCCGGUCAUCAAGGUGGAGUCCAGGCAGUUCCCGGUGACGGUGCACUUCAACAAGCGGACCCCGCUAGAAGACUAUAGUGGCGAGUGCUUCCGGAAGGUCUGCAAGAUCCACCGCAUGCUGCCAGCAGGCGGCAUCCUGGUGUUCCUGACGGGGCAGGCAGAGGUGCACACGCUGUGCCGCAGGCUGAGGAGAGCCUUCCCGCACACCAGACGCAGGCCCCCAGAAAAAGAUCAAGAAGAUUCAGUAGAGGAAAUGCGGAAGUUUAAGAAGUCGAGGACAAGGGCGAAGAAGGCCCAGGCAGCGACAUUGCCCCAGAUCAGUUUGGACAACUACUCGGUGUUGCCAGCCGGCGAAGGCGACGAGGACAGGGAGGCAGAGAUGGACGAGGAAGAGGAGGCCCUGGGCUCCGACCUUGACUUGGACUUGGGGGACGAGGGAGCAGAUGGAGGUGAGCAGCCAGACGCCUCGCUCCCCCUCCAUGUGCUCCCGCUCUACUCUUUGCUGGCCCCAGAGAAGCAAGCGCAGGUCUUCCAGCCUCCCCCAGAGGGGACACGGCUGUGUGUUGUGGCCACCAACGUGGCCGAGACAUCCCUCACCAUCCCGGGCAUCAAGUACGUGGUGGACUGUGGGAAGGUCAAGAAGCGACACUAUGACCGUGUCACCGGUGUGUCCUCCUUCCGAGUCACCUGGGUGUCACAGGCCUCAGCCGAUCAGCGGGCGGGCCGAGCGGGUCGCACGGAGCCAGGCCACUGCUACAGGCUCUAUUCCUCUGCGGUUUUCAGUGACUUUGAGCAGUUUCCUCCUCCUGAAAUCACCCGGAGGCCGGUUGAAGACUUGAUCCUUCAGAUGAAAGCACUCAACAUUGAGAAGGUCAUCAACUUCCCUUUUCCAACCCCUCCGUCCAUGGAGGCCCUCAUUGCCGCUGAGGAGCUGUUAGUCGCGCUGGGUGCCCUGCAGGCACCCCAGAAAACAGAGAGCAUGAAGCAGCUGCAGAGGUCCCGGCUGAGCUGUCCCAUCACAGCGCUGGGCAGGACCAUGGCCACCUUCCCCGUGGCGCCCCGCUACGCCAAGAUGCUGGCACUGAGCAGUCAACACGGCUGCCUGCCCUACGCCAUCACCAUCGUGGCCGCCAUGACAGUCCGUGAGCUGUUCGAGGAGCUGGACAGACCUGCGGCCAGUGACGAGGAGCUCUCCAGGCUGAAGGACAGGCGGGCCCGGGUGGCCCAGAUGAAGAGGAUCUGGGCGGGGCAAGGGGCCUCUCGCAAACUCGGAGACAUCAUGGUGCUGCUGGGUGCCGUGGGAGCCUGCGAGUACUCUGGCUGCUCCCCCCAGUUCUGCGAGGCCAACGGGCUUCGGUACAAGGCCAUGAUGGAGAUCCGGCGCCUGCGGGGCCAACUGACCACUGCAGUCAAUACCGUGUGCCCCGAGGCCGGGCUCUUCGUGGACCCCAAGAUGCAGCCGCCGUCUGAGAGCCAGGUGACCUACCUGCGGCAGAUCGUGGUGGCCGGCCUGGGUGACCACCUGGCCCGCAGGGUCCAGAGUGAGGACCUGCUGGACGACAAGUGGAAGAAUGCCUACAAGACCCCUCUCCUUGAUGACCCUGUCUUCAUCCACCCCAGUUCCGUCCUUUUCAAAGAGCUCCCUGAGUUUGUGGUCUACCAGGAAAUCGUGGAGACCACCAAGAUGUACAUGAAAGGUGUUUCAGCCGUGGAGGUCCAGUGGAUCCCGGUCCUGCUGCCUUCUUACUGCCAGUUUGACAAGCCUCUGGAGGAGCCGCCCCCCGCCUACUGCCCGGAGAAGGGGCGGGUACUGUGUCACCGGGCCAGUGUGUUCUAUCGUGUCGGCUGGCCGCUCCCUGCAGUGCAGGUGGGUUUUCCAGAGGGCAUUGACUGCUAUAAGCACUUCGCCCGGGUUCUGCUGGAAGGACAGGUCUUCCACAAGCUGGCCUCCUACCGGGGCUGUUUGCUGUCCAGCCCUAGCACAAUGCUGAAGACGUGGGCCAGGCUGCAGCCCAGGACAGAGAGUCUCCUGAGAGCCCUUGUCGCUGAGCAAGCCAACUGCCGAGAGGCCUUGCUGGCUGCUUGGAAGAAAAACCCCAAAUACCUGUUGGCUGAGUACUGCCAGUGGCUCCCUGAGGCCAUGCACACCGACGUUGAGAAAGCCUGGCCCCCCACCUCUGACCGCUGACCUGAGGCCUGGUUGCAAGGCCGGGGACUGGUCUGGGGAACCAAGGGCGCUGGCGGUGGCCAGUUUCCAGCCUGGUCACCCUGGUCUGUGGACUCCUCCCGGGAGGCGGGUCAAGCCCCUGGAAACCCUUGCUCAUCUUGGAUACAAGACCUCUGGACACAGCUUGCUGCUGCCCUGGGCAGUCUGACCCCGGGGGGCUUUUUUAUAACUAUUUAUUAUAUGGCAGAGAAUGGUUUUACUUCACAUGCUGCUCUGGGGACUAUAUUAGUCCCUUGCAGAGCAGGGCUGGAGGGCGAAGCGGUGGCCAGCAGGAGGGUGCCGACGGGCCCUUCCCCUGCAUCCCCUCCCCAGCAGGGGUGGUGCUCUCUUGCCACGCGUGUCGCUGUUAAUAAAUGUCAGCUAUCAGAA